AUGUCUGCGAUUUUUUGUCGAAUACAAAACGACAACAUCGGAGAAGAAAAGUUCCGCAAACUUUGGUGUGAGCAACAAUUGGUAGCGAGUCAAGAAAGACGUAGAGUCGACCAAGAUCCUAACGAUGAUCGUGCCCGUUAUUGGGCAGAAAACAGAUUUGAUCGUUACUUUGCCAACAGGACCGGUACAGACUAUUGCUCGUAA